GUAGUAUAUUCUGUCACACGAUCACUGGGCUUCGCUCACAUGCACUGUGAUGUUUUUGCACGUGCACUCGUAGUAAAAAUUUCCCGCCAAAUCCAAAUUCCAACACGUGGGUUUUGCGAGUAUUGUGGGCGUCAACGUUUACCGAACGUAAACGCAUACACGUGUUUGUUGUGAAAGCUUGUGGUGUCUUGUUUGCAACGAAGUAGCAGAUCAUCUCAUUAAUCCCAACUGGAAUAAUUACACCUUCGUAAACAUCGUAGCAACAUUGUUCAUUUGGACAAUGGGAGGUUCUCGCACGGCUGGAUUCACUACGAUCGUGACUUGUGAGAAAGGCGGCGGGCAAGGAGGAGAGCUUACAUUGCAGAUAGCUAGAACGUCCUUUGCCCUACAUCGCAUCAAGCUGGUACCUGUUCGUCAACCAAUCUCUCAAGUUAAAAGUAAUAUGUCUGUUUCUGCGGUAGAGCGGCUUGUACUCUGCACACGAAGACGAGCGUUGACUGGUUCAAGCAUCCAUGGUCUAAGCAUGCCAAAAGCCUGCCGUAAGCUUGUUUUUGAGCCAACUUCGGACCAGAACGAUCGCGAUGAGGAUGCCGCCAGUGAAGAGCAAUCUGAUUAUCGUCAAGAGAAUCUUCAGAGGCAGAUAGAGAGAUGGGGAUUCGACUUCAGAGCGGGCCGGCCUCUUCCAAAUGGCCGACUGGAAUGGGACGCUGUUCCCGAGGAGAGGGUUGCCUCUUACUACAGGGAAACAUGUCUCAGGAGUCCACCUCGGAGAAAUCUACGCUCCCGGAGGAAUAUUAUGUCGGCAAGAACAAGCGAGUCUUCUGAACACCAUUCAGCCGAAAAUCCCACUGUAGGGGAUGGACAUACGAAUGCCAGUCGGUUCUUGCCGGCAACAGAUCAGGAGGGGGUAUCCAGAGUGUCGGGAAGAUCAGAAACCGAAACGGCAUCUGUCGCGGUUUCUACAUCAAGUUCAACCGCCCAUAAUAGUGAAAUUGAAGGAGCCUCAAAUUCUAAUUCUAAUAACCAUGGAUGCAAUAAUGGAUUAUUAAAUUCAUCUCCAUCUACAUCAGUGGCCAAGAUGACCCAAUCUAACAUAGCUGAUUUCUUCAACCAACGGAAAAGAAGGAGAAGUUUAUCAGAGGGCAACGGUGCAAAACGGGCAAGGACCCAAGACCAUCUGGACAGACCACAGUCCGCUCCGGCUGUCACGUCUUAGCAACACCAAAACUCUAUAAAAUUGAUUCAUCAAAACGUGUGUGUUAAAUGGGGUCAGAGACGAUAAGUUCACUUCAGAACUCAGCUUGUUUACGCCAUCACUCUCACUAGUCUACUAAGUCAGCCCCUCUGUUUCUGCUAACGGUGGUUUUUAUCAGGCCAGAGCCGAGAACCGGACAGGUUUCCCAGGCAUCGUUACCACUACCAGAGACUCUAGAUCGAAAAGUGUGGGAAAGUGCCUCUUUUGGAGAAAACCCCCUCUGGACUGAUGAAUGGGGUCUGGUGUAGAAACUACCAGUCUAAUACUAUAAAAAGCCUGGCUUAAAGCCAGAUAAAAGGACACUCCAAACUGCACAGCUGAAUAACAAUGCAAGAUUUUGGCAACCUGCCAUUGUACAAUAUCUCAUGUGUAUAUGUGUGUGGGAGCCAUUACCUGCCAGUUUAAGACUAUUUUCAGAUGUAAUUGUGAACUUUUGAUAAAGAUCAAUAAUAAAAACUAAAACUCCUAGGGUCUAGUUGUACUUAUGUUGUCUUAAGGAAAGUAUUCCCUCCUUACAACUAUCUUUCCAUGAGAUAAACCAGGUCAUGUUUAUGCCUUAAAAUGGAAAAGGGUUUGCGAGCGAAGACUAGGCUCCAAAUCCCGCCAAAAUGCUUAUCACGUGAUUUGGACGCGUACGCCCAUCUCGAGGCCUAAGAGGUCACAGGGUCAAAGCGAAAAACCUGACAAACAACUUGUACGACUACCCUGGAUCGCACUCCCAGGGACGUCUUGUGAAAAUACUCCGCUGAGAAAAAUAACCCUCGAUGCAGCAAAGCACAGAUGAUAAACUGGAAAUUUAUGAUUUCGGUUCCUUCUGAUUCAAUCAAUUCUCUCAGUUGUUGACUUUAUCUUUUUCCCCUAUGAAUAAAUGUAAACUUUGCGCCCCAGUUUGUGAAUCUUUCCCUAUCAAACUUCCCCUUGCCGUCGUCGCGAUUUCUCCUCCUAUUUCCAUCUCACUUCAAAUUUUGAAAUUAUACUUUUUGAAACAACUCAAACAUGGACCUUUUCCUACUUCCCGAACAAGAGUUCGAAUGUCGUGUGAUCACAUGUAUAGCAUAUUGUGAUCACAUGUUCUGGGACCCCCCCCCCUCCUGUAUAACCAUGGCCUGCAAACUUGUCACGAUUUCCACUUAUCUUCGGGGCAUCCGUUUGUGCAAAUCUCUAGGUUUUCGAUUUUCAAAAAAGAAGUUGUUUUUGUUGAUUGAUCGCCAUGGGAACGUGUCUUAACUAUAUGCAUGCAGGGAAGAUAUUAACUGAGGGUAUGAGGACAUUUUCCCCUUUUUCUUUCAUUGUUUUCGUUAAAGAUUUUAUUCUUAAUUAUGCAUGCGAACAUGGCGGUGUCGCUAAUGCAUAAUUAACGAGCGAACCGUCUGUAGGUAAUUAGGUUAAUAAUUGUAUAUAUGCCAGAGUUCAAAGAAAGUUGUGUAUAUUAUAUUUUAUCUUAUUUAUUUACAACAUGGCAAUUCACGUUUUUCCUAACAUUCCAUUGUGUUGAUUACCAGAAGCCGGAAGUGGAAAUCCCAGUUGGUAGGAAACGGCAGGCCUAUUUAAAAAGCAAUAUAACCCGGUGUCUGUUUAAAAAAAAACUUCAGCCAAAUUUCAGUUUAUAAGUUUAUAAUCAGAAGCACGUAAUGUUGAUUGGCUAUGGUUUUCAAUCAACUCUGAUUUGCAAGGGGUGUUAUAAAUUCAGUGAAGAAAACACAGAUUCUCGAUUCUUUACACUAUCCUGUUAAAGUGACAGAAACGCUUUUCAGAUUAUUUUUGGGCGAUGAAAACUAGUUCGACUCAUCAAAAUAGCUUCAGAGUGAUUUAUUCAAAUUACAGUAUGUCUACAUUCUGUAUUAUUUUGAUACUUGAUAAAAUACCUGAAUAACAACAAUUAAUGAUCUGUGACCCCAGAAUUGAUAGAUAUGUCAGCUUACCAGAGGCAUAGCCUGUAAAAUGAUUAUCAAAUAGAUUAUCUACUGGAAUAAUAUACGAGCCUAGAUAUGAUACUUCAGCAUUUUACGGGUUUGUAUUAUAUCUCUGUAGGCUUCAUCGACAAAAUGCCAGUGUCACUUCGCUGUCAGAAUUAUUUUAAUGCCUUCUGGAUCAAAUUUUCAUCUAUUUCCAGGUGUUACAAUUAUGGAUUUUAUUCUCAAUAAAAAAAAAUCAGAUGGAUUUGGUACAAAGUUUACGUAUAUUGCAAUGUAAUAACAUCUGUGCAAUCUGCAUUGCUUCUAAACCUAGAUCAUGUCGCGUUCACAUCUACGAAACCGACUCAAAGCCGAUCGAUAGUAUGCCAUUCAAAAUAACGUAUUAGCUUCGAUCGAUCUACGAUGGUUUCGUCAGUGUGUCCGCGACAUGACCAACAUCAGGGACUCUCCUGUCAGCAACUUUCUCUGAGAGUCUGAAGCAUUAGACUAAUUGUAUCGGAGACUUCUUUAGAAGCAAAAGGUAUUAAUUCGACAUGGUAUGGAAAUUCGUAUUUUCACCAAUUAUACUGAGGACUUAUUCAGUGAAAUAAAUUUUCUUGCAAUAGUGUGAUGUAGUCAUUUCAUCAUUGGUCGAUGAAUGCAGGGGUUAAUUCUGCACAAUAGAAGUCUUUCGUUUUUAUUUCUUUGAUUUCAGUGUUCUCAUAAAAAAGGAAAGAAUUUAUCGACGAGGACAUUGUUUAUGACCGAGAAGGGGGGGGGGGGCGUGGGAUCUUAAUGUUUGAAGUGAAACAAAACACAGACCAACAUGGAAGAUUUCGAAAACAAGGUAUUUUCCCCUUUUAACUGAAAUAUUGUUUAAUGAAAAUAAACCCCUGAAGUAAUGCCCCUUUCGAUUUGAUUUCAAAACAUACCUGUGAAGUAUGUUCUGAUAAUAUCAGGCAAAUUAAUGUAUAUGAUAGAGAGAAAUUCAACAAGGUUCGUUAAUGAACUGUAGUAUUAUUAUGUUAUUGAUAUAUAUGAAUAUUGUGAAUGUGUACAUAUGCUAUGUAUCUAAAGUUCGAAAAUGAAAUAUUAAAAUAACAUAAAAUGAAUUAGAAAUUGA